AUGAGUACGACCUACCACCAAGGCCAGAGCUGUAUUCCAGCUGUUCCAGCGCCUGUUGGCAGUGACGAAUGUCUCUCCUCGCGGGCCGACUUUAUCCCUUCCUGGUUAAAUCACAUGCAGAACAAUCCUCCUCGAGAUAUUCUACAGCCAAAAAGUCCCCUUGAUUCCAGUAAUCUCUCGUGGCAUCCUAAUGGGCUCACGACUGUUCGAAUUCAGCCCAACUCUGACACUAGGCUAUACGAAUCAUCAGAUCUAUUUAUCCAGAACAGUCCAGAACAAUUACCUCUGUCUGAUCCGACAUACUAUCAUCAAGAUCGGCAGCCAGCCCCAGACAGCGAUCAUGGCCAGAACUUGCACGAUGGAGAGCGACAUAGCCAUACCCUACAACCAGCAUCAACGACAUCAGAGAAUCUGUUGACUAAGAAACAUGUUUUCGAGAAGCAACCCCGACGGAAAACUCGACGAGAUCGCUACGACACCAUGAAGUCCAAGGAAGAGCGAGUGAGGAAGAAAAAUAGAGAGAAAUCUUCGACUCGUGUGUCAAAGAAGGGAAGGGUGCGGUCUAGCCGAGAGGUUAUGGCAAAUUUUAGCUCUUCGGCCAUUGCGAACCCAGGAGAGAAAAUCACGCUGGAACAGAAGUUCACUCCAGGCUUAUUCGUCAACGGGCGUAGCUCGGCCUCACUGGGCGACUUGGCGUUCAACGAUAUACCCCUGAACCACGAAUAUGUCGAAAAACGCGAAAAGGAACAUCCGCCGACUUUAGAAUCAAAACAAAGGAAAAAAAGAGAUCCUCGCCCGGACGAAACUAAGAGUUUCACUGACGCGUUAAAACGACUGAUAGCAGACUAUCCACCUCCGGAAUCUGCUAGCCGCCCUACCAGCACGGUUGUCUCCAGCGUUACCUGUAUGCGGCGCAGUGAUAGAGACAAUAACGAGCGACCGCUACAGCGUGAUAGCCAUACACCACGAAGCCAUACCCCACGAAGCUUAUCAAUUCGCAGCCAUCCGACGGCUGUUAAUUCGAGCCGCAGUCUUAUUCAGAAAACUCAGGGGAGGCGUACCAUAGAACAAGAUUUUACUGCUGUCAGAAGCCGUGAAGAUCACACGCCCAAUGGUCGGGAUACGACUGGUUUUCCUAAGUACCAAGAUAAAGGCGUUAUGGUGAGCCCCUGGAUGCACCAACGGGCCAGAGAGAAUGUGUCACUUGAUAUGACUAGUGGCGAUCAGCCGCUCCGACGAAGGAGAGCAGAAUCAUUCAACUCUAGAGCAGAUAUUCACAUGCCCAAUACCAUCUUUGAAAUACCAAACCCUGAAGUACGCGAAGGAGUGGCUGAGGAGGUCGGUGUCAACGCAAAGGGAAUCGAAGACUUGACUUACCCUCACGAUAGAAUGCCUCCGACAUCGUGCUUUUACAGUACCAGUGGCCCUCAUCCGCCAAACGCGAUGUUUCCACCAUUUGUCAAUGACUUAUCACCUUUUGACCGCUUAGAUGCCUCUAAAGUCAUUGGUAUGCAACAUAGAGAUGCCUACAGUAUCGACUGGCCCGCGAAUUCCACAACCCUCCAACCACAACAAGAGGCUUUCCUAGCAGCAAAUACCGUUUCUCAAAGGAUAUCGCAAAUAGUUGACAAUAUACCGGGUGAGACUCUCAAAGAGUACAUUGCCAGAAUGGAACGCGAAAUUCUAGGAGCUGAUGAGCCAUCUGCGGGCCACAAUGACAAAGUGCUGCUUCCAGCCGAAGCAGAUAUUUUCGAUACUAGAAUACGGCCGAGCAAGCCUCUGCGUGAAAUUGGGCACCAUAAUCGUUCCCCUCAACAAGAUGGGCCCCACGACUCAGUGGAUCCAUUCCCGAGGCACUAUUCAAGGCGUCCAUAUCCCGAAGAAAACCCAAAUGAGUCGGAGCCUGCAUUUGUCUGGCAGCCAAAUCACAUGAUGUGGCGUUGA